AUGUUCAUGAGGUUCUUCAAUACAACCUGCGCCAUCGAGAAUGGGACAAUCGUGUACUACAAUGUAGUCUUUGCACUUCAGCUUAUUUUCAUUACUUUUCAUUGUUUCACACUAUCUUAUUACAUUUUGAACGUCGUCAUCGACAUCCGAACGAAGCAGUAUGUGACGAACGUUCAGAAGCUUCAUCACUGCAUUUAUUUCUCUUGCGUCUCAGGUCACGUGUGCCUGUUUGCUCAGAAGCUCCUGCUACUCAUCGGCUCGCCGGCCGCCCUCGACACCGCCCAUCCGGCAUUCUUCACCAUCUCAUUUAUAAGGGCCAGCUUUUGCUUUCCAGGAUUCUACGGACUAUCGGGAUUUGUCGUCGAACGCUGGCUCGCCACGUAUUUUCUCGACGAUUAUGAGAAGAACCAACGGCCGAAAUUGACGAUUCUGAUAGUGAUAUGUAUUUUUGUGUUCGCCGUCCUCAGCGCUAUCGAUUAUCAUCAGGGUGAGACGUCGAUCCGUCCGGCGACAAUUUUUCUCGCCGUCAGCGUCAUCGGCUACAUCGGCAACCAAUUGAAUCUGCAUGUCAAUCGGAAAUACUACUAUCGAUGUAAGCGUGCCGAUGGCGGCGGCUACUCGCUGGCGCAACGCGUGCAAAUCUCCGAAAAUAUUCAAUUCUCAUUUUUUUUCACACAAUUCGCCAAGAGCAUCUCAUUUUUCGCAAUCAUCGGACCAUUGAGCAUAUUAGUGGACAAUUUCGAAAUAUCGUGCGGUUGGAAAAACGCGAACACCGUGUUCUUCGACACGAUGAUGCCGUUGUAUGGCGUUGUCACACCCUACGUCGUCUAUUAUCAUAAUCCCAAGUAUCAAAAAGAGUUGAGGCAUUUAAUGUACAAGCUCAAAAAAUGCGCGGGUCUCGGCACGACUCACGCGAGCAUCAGCCCACAAAAACCGCGGCCAACUAUUAAAGACACAUUCGGACAAGAGCUCAUGUUCGACACAAAUCAACAAACCGAUUAUUAUUUUCGACAAUUACAAUCCGAAUGGAAUAUAUAA